AUGCUUCCUCCAGGUGAAGAAAUAUUUAAACUUGCUGCGAAAUCAGCUAUGUAAAAUAUAAGAGACUCUUAGGAUACUUAAAAGGAUAUACCAGAAAUACUUUUAUUGUCUCUGAUGUAUUAAGUCCUUGCCUAAGAAUCCGCUUUUAUUGGUAUAAUGUAGCAAUUUGAGAAACAUAGAGGAGAAUUAAAGUUGGUAAGAAUUCCGGCUAUCUCAAUUAAUGAACCCUCUGUCGUUUACUAAUCUAAAUUUUGUUCGUUAAAGAGCUCAAGAACAUCAAAUAUUGGUAAUGAUUAGUCAAGAAGGUUAAAGAGAAAUUAAGUAUAGCUCAUGAGUGCAAUGGAAUGUUCUUCUUCUAUAGCUGAUAUGAAAACCCUAAAGAAACCCAAUCGACUUAGAAAUGCGAAUAAAAAAAGGGUGAUAAUGUAAUCACAUCUCGAUUAAGAUUCUGAGAGUUAUGCGUUGCAGAUGAGCUCAAAAAGGAGUUUAAAAUAAUCAUAGUCAAGCUAAUCCUCAAUGAUAAGUUAGAAAAAUACUAGUUCUAACUUUCAGAAUGCUCACAAGAAUGAAAAGAAGGAAGAAUUGAAAUAAAAAAGCAGUGCAGCCAUCUCUAGACCUUAAUCAGCUGCUUUAAGCUAAAAGCCUGAGAAAAUAGUUUCAAAACUAGAUAGUUUAAUUAAUGGUUAAUCAUCUGCUGGAAAUUGGAACUCAGCUAUGAUGAUCUUGAAAGAGAUAUUACAUAAUUGA